UAUUGCGUCCAAAGCUUGCAUAGAAAGCAGCGUAGUGAGAAAAACACAGCACAGUUUGUGUUUGCAGCAGCGAUAACGUUUAUGGUAACAUCAUUAAUUUCAUGCGAGUUGUUCAUCUAUAAAAAAAUCUCCAAUGUCCCCAAACUUUUUCAUCAGCUUCUGGGUUGCUCAUUGUUUCAAACCUGAGAACCAUUCACUCUUGUUUUCUCUUUCAAAAAUUCUUACACAGUUUCAAUUCUUCAUUUUUCAAUGGUCAGAAUCCGGACACAGGCCGGAUCUAAGAGACUCAGAAUCGUCUCAGAACCUCAGACGCUGUCUCCUAAUAUUUACCAACAUCUUCCGUUUGAAAUUGUGGAGGAAAUUCUGUCGUUUUUACCCAUCAAAGAGGCAAAACAGCUAUGCAUUCUCUCAUCGAAGUUUCGGAGUCCCACCCAUACCAAUCGCAAAUUCUUGUUCGGAAAAGAUUUGUCGAACCGGUGCAGCCGAGAGUCCAUGGUUCAGUUGGUGGAUAACCUCUUUGUGACUCACAGGGGUCGUUACAUUGAUUCUUUUCAAAUCUACAUUAACCCUGUUGGGGUUGAAAACUUUCUCCACAAGUGGCUCGAGAUUUGCCGUGAGAAGAGAAUUCAGGAACUGGACUUGUUUUUUCUGGAACCUGGGUACACUCUCACCGCAGAUUUUGUCAACCAGCUGAACAAAUUAAGCUUCUUGAAACUGGUCCAUUGCAACUUGGAGUUACCACUGAACCUCUUAAGUAUGGCCAAUCUGAGAAGUCUGAUUCUGAGGUUUGUCCCUCUCACAGAUGAAAGGAUUCACGCUUUGAUAUCUCAUUGUAGGCAGCUUGAGACUGUUGAUCUGCUUUACUGUACUGGACUUUUGUGUGUGGAAAUAUAUGCCAGGGAGCAUAGAUUUUUCAAAAAGUUGAGAGUUGCUGGCUGCAAGAAUUUGGAAGUGUUUGUGGUUGAUUCCCCAGUUGUUGAGUGUGUGCACUAUUAUGGGCAUGUCCCAACAAGAAUCCGGUUUAUUCAGACAACAAAACUGAAUGAGGUUUACCUCAAUUUUAUGCCUGCUGGGAGCAGAGGGUAUUUGCAGGCUUCUGUGGUAGAAAAGCUUGUCAGUGACAUCCCUAAUGUCAAAGUUUUAUCAGCUUCUGCUCUAGUUCCUGAGGCUCUGACUGCAAAGUUUCGACGUGGAGUUUUUGGAGAGGCGAGCUACAGUUUCUUGAAUCUGAUGGAGCUUCAUUUGAUCAUGGAGGGGGGACUCUUUUGCAAUCCAUAUGAUAUUCUGGCGUUUAUGAAGCAUUGCCCUCUCCUGGAGAAGCUUUUCAUUGAUAUAGAUGAUUACACUUUUGACUGCGGACCAUACUGGGAACUGCAUCAAAAGUCUAAGAUGGAGAAUUUUGAUCUCUGCUUUGAUCGGCUGAAUUUUAUUAAGCUUAGAGGUUUUAAGUUCAUUACAGCUGAACUUCAACUGGUGAAGAUCCUUCUGCAAAAAGCAACCCAUUUGGAUGCAUUGGUUCUCGUCUCACAGAAGAAUUGUGUUGCUAACGUAUGGACACCAUAUGGACGUCGAUAUGACAAACUUCUUCACUCGUGGAAAGCAUCGCCAGAAGCAAAAAUAGUUACAUUUGAGCAUCUGGAUGACCAAAGUCGCUCAAGUUCAUCAUCCCAUUCAAGAGACUGCGUACUUUCAAUCGACUAGAGUUUUGGUAUGAGAAUAAACCUUUUAGUUUAUCAGUUAGAGCGAUAGCAUUGGUGUAAGUUCCAACUUUUCAAAGUUAUUAGGCAAAGGAGACAUCACAAAAAUUCAGGAUAGUUUCAUGGCUAGUUUAUACCGGUGUAAAAUUUAUUUAUCUUUGCAUAUCCUUGUCUAGUGUUGAGAUGGUAAAGUGAUAACAUUGUGCAAUAUGAUGCUAAAAACCAUGAAAAAACUCAAGGGGUUUGUUUAGUAUUUUGAUCAAACAUGUAGUAGAUAAAAGAACAA